CCAUGAUGGACUUCUUUGAUGAUCCAAACCUGUUUGUGGGGAGUUUGGAGGGGCUGUCAGAUGAGGCCUUUGUAGCUGGUCCUGUGUCUUUGGUGGAUGAGCUGAACCUCAGCGCUGGGUUUGAGCCAUUGCAAGUGGAAUCUUUAGCUGCAGGGAAGCACACUGGCAUAGUACCCACCUCCUCCUCUUCCUCCCAGAGCUUGAAUUUUGAGCAGCAGAUCAGUCAUUUUGAGACCAUGAAGGCCCCACCGUCUGUUGCACAACCUUUCUCUGGGUCUGAGUGCAGUGCUGUUGGCAGUGGUGGUGCCUUGUUGGCCCAGCACUCACAGUUCCACAACUCCCCAGCACAUCAAGCACCCCAGUCCAAUGGGCUUUUCCCAGACAGCAGUCCCAUGUGGGGAAAUCAGGACCAGAAUGGGAAUUCAUUUCAUCCACUGCAGCAGCAGCAGAUUCAUCACCAACACCUUAACCAGCACCACCACAUUCAGCAGCCUCAGCAGCAUGUGGACUCCCAGCCACUGCACCAGCAUGGCAAGGCCUUCCCAGACCACCGCAAUUUUGACUUCUACCAAGGCAACCUAGCACAGAAGCAAGAGCAGAAUCCCCACAACCUGCCCCAUUCCCUGCCACUCAAUGCAAAUGGGAGCCGUAAUGGGAGCCCCUCUCACCAAAGGGGUGCAGCUAAUGCUAUGAACCAGCCCAAGUCCUAUCUAGACACACACAAUGCCUCCUUUCCGAGUGGCCCUCAGCAGCAGCAGCAGCAGCAGCAUCAGAGCAGCAUGCUGAGCUGCCAGGGGGCUCAGAAGUUCUCAAGUUCAUCGGAGGACAUGAACCUGCCUUUCUCCAGACCAUCCUUGUCUGCAUCACAUUCUCUCUCCUGCUCUGUCAGUUCUGGGGCUGCCUACUCUCUGUCUCAGUAUUGCUUUCCUGGACAGCCAGCAGUGAGCAUGAGCGAACCUCAGUCUUCUGUGCCAGUCUCUAUCACCACCACCAAAACCUCCAGGGCUGCAGCCCUGCAGUCGUCAAUGGCGGACUUCUCAGGGGCAGGAGAUGCUUUUUCGUUGCUCCCUGGGAUAGAACAGGAUGCAGUGAAUCAAGCUGGGAAAUGCCCUUUCCAAGCUAUGCAGAACUUGAGGCAAACUCAGGGAAGCUACAGCAGCGCUGAGAUGUUCACUGAAGACAUGACCUGCUACCCUGGAGCUACGAGCCAGCAUUCCUCCAACCAGCAGGGUAGCUGUGAGACGACUGUACCUCCAGCAACCAGCAGUAAUGGUUACCCGGAGCUGGAUGAGAAUCUUCUGCAGCAGGUGGGUGGUCAGAGUGGGGAUUUUGAGGGGCUUGAGGCACCCGACCUCCUGGAAGACGACCUUCUUCCUCAGCUAGAGGCUGCCCUGAGCCAGGAGGCCCCGCUGGAACAGCAGGAUGACUCCAACUGCUCCUGGGCAAAUGACACCCAGGUGGAAGAAGAGGGCAGCUCAUUCUCACUGGAUUACAUGACACAGCCCCGUAAGAACACUAAUGGUUCCAGUAACCACCCACGGGUCCUCAGCCUGACGAUGAAGAGCAGCUCAUCAUCAUCUUCAUCAUCCUCAUCGUCCUCCUCCUCUUCCUCCUCCUCCUCCCCCUCCUCCUCUGAAAAGAGGCUGCAGAAGAAGCAGCUGAUGGAGAUGGUGCCAGAGGACAAGCAGGAGAAAGCCAACCGGAUCAUCUCAGAGGCCAUCGCCAAGGCCCGGGAGAGGGGCCAGAAGAACAUCCCGCGGGUCAUGAGCCCAGAGAGUUUCCGCUCACCGGAGCGCAGGACGCACCACAGCAGCAAGGCCCAGGCCAAGGAGAAGGCCUCCAAGAAGGCCAGGAUCAUACCCCCUGCCAAGGCCAAACAGAGGCCCAAGAUUGGGAAAAUUGUCAUCAAACUGGGCAAGAAGAAAAAACGGAAGAACGAAUCAUCAGAGGAGCUUUCAGAGGACGAACCACCCCCUCGACGCUCGUCCAAGGAGGACGACUUGAAGAGAAGAUCCAAUCGGCAGGUCAAGAGAAAGAAGUAUGUGGAGGACGGGGAGUCCAGGGUGUCUGACGAGGAGAUGAGGGUGGUUGUCAAGGCUAAGAAAGCAACGGCAGACCCCCGCAAAGAGUCGGAGAUGCAGCUGUUUGUGGAGAACCCCACUGAGGAAGAUGCUGCUGUUGUUGAUAAAAUCAUGUCAUCACGCCUGGUGAAGAAGGAGGUCUCUCCGGGAGUUGCGGUCGAAGUUGAGGAAUUCUUCGUAAAAUACAAGAACUACUCCUAUCUUCAUUGCGAGUGGGCCACAGAGCAACAGCUGGAGAGGGACAAAAGGAUCCAACAGAAGAUCAAACGCUUCAAGAUUAAACAAGCACAAAGAGCACACCUCUUUGCAGAUAUGGAAGAAGAUCCCUUUAACCCUGAUUAUGUGGAGGUGGACAGAGUGCUGGAAGUGUCUUGCUGUGAGGACAAGAACACUGGAGAGCCUGUGGUGUAUUACCUAGUGAAGUGGUGCUCCCUGCCUUAUGAGGACAGCACCUGGGAACUCAAAGAAGAUGUGGACCAGAGCAAGAUUGAGGAGUUUGAGCAGCUGCAGGCAGCCCAGCCAGACUCCCGCAGAGUGGAGCGACCCCCAGCUAGUCACUGGAAAAAGAGGGAACAGUCACGGCAAUACCGCAAUGGCAACAGCCUCAGGGACUACCAGCUGGAGGGAGUGAACUGGCUGCUCUUCAACUGGUAUAACAGACGAAAUUGCAUCCUGGCUGAUGAAAUGGGCCUGGGAAAAACCAUCCAGUCCAUCACAUUCCUGGAGGAGAUCCACCGCGCGGGAAUCAAGGGCCCCUUCCUCAUCAUCGCCCCACUCUCCACCAUCACCAACUGGGAGCGCGAGUUCCGCACCUGGACGCACCUCCACAUCAUCGUGUACCAUGGCAGCAUGGUCAGCCGGCAGAUGCUGCAGCAGUACGAGAUGUACUUCAGAGACCUGCAGGGCCGUAUGAUCAGCGGGGCAUACAAAUUCCAGGCCGUAAUCACCACAUUUGAGAUGAUACUGGGCGGCUGCCCCGAGCUGAAUGCGAUUGAGUGGCGCUGUGUCAUCAUCGAUGAGGCCCACCGCCUCAAGAACAAGAACUGCAAGCUGCUGGAGGGCUUCAAGCUCAUGAGCCUGGAACAUAAAGUUCUUCUUACAGGCACUCCUCUUCAGAACACAGUAGAAGAACUCUUCAGCCUGCUGCACUUCCUGGAGCCAUCGCGGUUCCCCUCUGAGAACACUUUCCUCAAGGAGUUUGGGGAUCUGAAGACAGAGGAGCAGGUGCAAAAGCUGCAGGCUAUCCUAAAGCCCAUGAUGCUGAGGAGGCUCAAGGAGGAUGUGGAGAAGAAGCUGGCCCCCAAGGAAGAGACCAUCAUCGAGGUGGAGCUCACCAACAUCCAGAAGAAGUACUACCGCGCCAUCUUGGAGAAGAACUUCUCCUUCCUGGCCAAGGGUGCUGGUCAAGCCAACGUGCCCAACCUGGUCAACACCAUGAUGGAGCUGCGCAAGUGCUGUAACCACCCCUACCUCAUCAAAGGGGCUGAGGAAAAGAUCUUGGAGGACUUCCGGGAAGUUUACAGCCCGGCUGCUGUGGACUUCCAUCUGCAGGCCAUGGUGCAGUCGGCGGGCAAGCUGGUCCUCAUUGACAAGCUGCUGCCCAAGAUGAAGGCUGGAGGCCACAAGGUGCUCAUCUUCUCCCAGAUGGUGCGCUGCCUGGACAUCCUGGAGGACUACCUCAUUCAAAGGAGGUAUCUCUAUGAGAGGAUUGACGGGCGUGUGAGGGGAAACCUACGUCAGGCCGCCAUCGACCGCUUCAGCAAACCAGACUCGGAUCGUUUUGUAUUCUUACUGUGCACGCGUGCAGGGGGCUUGGGCAUCAACUUGACCGCAGCGGACACCUGCAUCAUCUUUGACUCAGACUGGAACCCCCAGAACGACUUGCAGGCCCAGGCUCGUUGCCACAGGAUUGGGCAGAACAAGGCGGUUAAGGUGUACCGGUUGAUCACGCGGAACUCUUAUGAGCGGGAAAUGUUCGACCGUGCCAGCCUGAAGCUGGGCCUGGACAAAGCUGUGCUCCAGAGCAUGAGUGGGCGGGAGAACAGCAUGGGUGGACAGAUCCAGCAGCAGCUGUCUAAAAAAGAGAUUGAGGACCUGCUGCGGCGGGGGGCAUAUGGGGCCAUCAUGGACGAGGAGGAUGAGGGUUCCAAGUUCUGCGAGGAGGACAUUGACCAGAUCCUCCAGCGCCGUACCAAAACCAUCACCAUUGAGUCAGAGGGCAGGGGCUCUACUUUUGCCAAGGCCAGUUUUGUAGCCUCAGGGAACAGGACAGACAUUGCUCUGGAUGAUCCCAACUUCUGGGACAAAUGGGCUAAGAAGGCAGAGAUUGACAUAGCCACUGUCAAUGGCAGAAACAGCUUGGUGAUUGACACCCCGCGAGUUCGGAAACAGACACGUCCAUUCAGUGCCACCAAAGACGAGCUGGCAGAACUGUCAGAGGGUGAGAGCGACAACGAUGACAAGCCCAAGCUCCGCCGUCCCUAUGACCGCUCCAACGGCUAUGGCCGCACUGAGUGUUUCCGUGUGGAAAAGAACCUGCUGGUGUAUGGGUGGGGCCGUUGGAAGGACAUCCUCUUGCAUGGUCGCUUCAAGCGGCAGCUGAGCGAGAGGGACGUGGAGAUGAUCUGCAGGGCGCUGCUGGCCUACUGCCUGGUGCAUUACCGUGGCGACGACAAGAUCAAGAGCUUCAUGUGGGACCUCAUCGCCCCCACUGAAGACGGCCGCACUAAAGAGCUACAGAACCACCUGGGCCUGUCCACCCCAGUCCCACGUGGGAGGAAAGGGAAGAAGGUGAAGACUCAGUCCAGCUCCUUCGACAUCCAGAAGGCCGAGUGGAUCAGGAAGCACAACCCAGAGCACCUGCUGCAGGAUGAUGGUUACAAGAAGCACCUUAAGCACCACUGCAACAAGGUGUUGCUGCGGGUCAGAAUGCUCUACUACUUGAAACAAGAAGUGAUAGGACACCAGUCCCAGAAAGUUCUAGACGGCGUGGACUCCAGUGAAAUCGAGGUCUGGGUUCCAGAGCUGGACCAUUCGGAGUUGCCGGCGCUCUGGUGGGACACGGAGGCUGACAAGUGUCUUCUCCUGGGAGUGUACAAGCACGGUUAUGAGAAAUACAACACCAUCCGUGCGGAUCCUGCCCUCAGCUUCUUAGAGCGAGUGGGCCGACCAGACGAGAAGGCCAUUGCUGCUGAGCAGAGAGGCAACGACUUCAUGGAUGGGGACGUGGAUGACCCAGAGUACAAGCCUGCCCCAGCAUUGCUGAAGGAUGAUAUGGAGCAGGACGACGCUUCAUCUCCUGGAGACCUGGUCAUCACAGAUGCUGGUGGAGAAGGAGGUGUGGUUGUGGAAGGAGGAACAGCAUACUGGCCCACCCCCUCUGCCCUAACUGCUCGACUGCGCCGAUUGAUCACUGCCUCCCAGCGCUACACCAAGAGCCGUCAGAUCCAGCACAUCCACCAGGCCCAGCAGGCCUUCCUCAGCUCACCCUGUGCUGUGCCACCCACCCUCAGCAACACCCUCAACCCCAAGAUGGCUGCCAAGAUUGAGAGGCAGCAAAGGUGGACUCGGCGAGAGGAGGCCGAUUUCUACCGUGUGGUGUCAACUUUCGGUGUGGUGUUUGACCCUGACUUGGGCCGCUUCGACUGGACGAAGUUCCGGGCCAUGGCGCGACUGCAUAAGAAAACUGACGAGAGCCUGCAGAAGUACUUGUGUGCCUUCACAGCCAUGUGUCGCCAAGUGUGCCGUCUGCCACCCAGGGACGGGGAAUCAGUGGACCCCUCCAUCUCCAUCCAGCCAAUCACAGAGGAGCGGGCGUCUCGAACCCUCUACCGCAUCGAGCUUCUGCGGAAAGUUCGGGAACAGGUGUUGCGCCACCCCCAGCUGUACGAGCGUCUGGCAUUGUGCCAGCCGGGACCUGACCUGCCUGUAUGGUGGGAGCCCGGCUCUCAUGACUGUGACCUGCUGAUUGGGGCAGCCAAGCAUGGUGUGAGCCGGACUGACUACCACAUCCUUCGUGAUCCCGAGCUCUGCUUCAUGAAUGCCCAGCGUAACUAUAGCCACACUAAGGGGGGCCAGUCCCGCACAUCUACGCCCCUUCUACAGCCACAGUACCAAGCAAUGAUGGCAGGGUCCCCCCUGGCCACCCAAGCCCGCCAGGCUGACACUAAGGUCCCCAGGGACGAGGACGCUAGGGUGGUGGCGAAAGAGGAGCCCAUUUGGGAGGAGGAGACCAAGGAUAGGAGGGGACAGCCUGAGGGGUGGAGCCCCAAGAUGGGCCCAGCAACCCCGACCAGCCACGAGGCCAAAGCAGGUCCUGCGAAAGCAGGCAGUGAGAAGCGAAUGGUAGCAGCCCGGACCAAGCCCCUCACACCAAACUCCACUACCAAAAGACAGAGCAAGUCCAGCAAGAGGGGCCGCAGGAAGGUCCGCAGAGGCUCUGGAUCAGACUCCGACUCCGAGGGCUCGUCCUCAUCCUCUUCCUCACGUUCCUCAUCAUCAUCCUCAUCCUCAUCCUCCUCCUCCUGCUCACGAACGGGGUCCAGCUCGUCCUCAUCUUCCUCUUCUUGUUCAUCAGGAUCCUCAUCCUCCUCUUCCUCUUCUUCCUCCGAGGACAGCGACAGUGAGGGAGAGGAAGGAAAGAAGAGUGCAUCGACAGUGCCCAGUGUGAAGGGUUUUGACGAGGACAGCGUUGCAUCCCUCAGCACUGUGCAGGACGAGACUCAGGAUAGCUGCCUCACCGAGAAUGGCCUGCCCAACUCCUCCCACCCCUUCCAGGGUGGCUACAUGCUGGCUGCCUCCUACUGGCCAAAGGAUCGAGUCAUGAUCAACCGGCUGGACAGUAUCUGCCAGGCGGUGCUGAAAGGGAGGUGGCCUGCUGUGAGGCGCGCCUACGAGGGGAACGUUGUGUCCUCCUUUUACACCACCAAGCUGCUGGACAGUCCCAGUAGGUCGGGGGACCCCGCAGGGCCCACCGACCUCGGAGAGGACUGCUCUGCCUCCCCUCAGAUGUCAAAGGUGAAGAAGCAUGUUCCAGACAAGGAGUUUACAGUGAAAAUCAAUGACCAGGAAGGUGGCUUGAAGCUGACUUUCCAGAAGCAGGGUCUCCCUCAGAAGAGACCCCUGGAGGGUGAGGAGGGGCCCCUAGGUCAGCAGCAGUACCUGGCCCGCCUGCACGAGCUGCAGAAUGCCUCCGACACCAGCCUCGCCGAUUUCACUAGGCCCCAGCCUAGCAUCGCCCAGGGUCUUCCUGGUCAUAUGAGGGUGAAUGGUGUGAUGGACGGCCAACCUGUAGUGAAGAAACGACGAGGCAGACGGAAGAACGUGGAGGGGAUGGAUCUCCUGUUCAUGAACAAAAACCAAAACCCCGCAGUCACAGACCAGGUGGCACCAGGAUGGUGUGGAAGUGCCAAGGCCAACCCUGCUAUGAGCCUGGGCUUCGGGCAGGGUCAGGGACCGCUGGACAUGGAGAGUAGAGUUCCUGUCAUCCACCUCAAGGAUGGUACCCGGCUUGCUGGUGACGAUGCCCCCAAGAGAAAAGACCUGGAGCAGUGGCUGAGAGAGCACCCAGGCUUUGUUGCUGAUGUUGGGGCCUUCCUCCCUGGGGUUAGCAAGGUGCAGUUUCCAGACAGUCGGCCAAAGCAGAAGAGACAUCGAUGUCGAAAUCCCAACAAGAUCGAUGUGAACAGCCUGACAGGAGAGGAGAGGGUGCAGAUCAUCAACAGGAGGAACGCCCGCAAGGUGGGUGGAGCCUUCGCCCCCCCUCUAAAGGACCUCUGCCGCUUCCUGCAGGAAAACCCAGAGUACGGCGUUCCCCCAGAGUGGGCCGAUGUGGUAAAGCAGUCGGGGUACCUUCCUGAGAGCAUGUAUGAUCGAAUCCUGACUGGACCCAUCGUGCCGGAGGAGGUGAGUCGACGAGGUCGACGACCCAAGAGCGCACAGGCCAGGGCAGCCACAGCGGCCGGUCUUGGCUCCACGCCUUUGGGCCUGAACCCUCUGCUGGCCAAUGGGCUGCUGUCUGGCAUGGAUAUGUCUAGCCUGCAGGCCCUUCAGCAGAACCUGCAGAGCCUCCAGUCCUUGCAGUUGACUGCUGGCCUCCUGGGCCUGCCAGGGGGGCUGACCGCUGGAGACGCCAGCAACCUUGCUGCCAUGUUUCCCAUGAUGCUCUCGGGCAUAGCUGGACUUCCAAACCUUCUGGGCCUGAGCAGCUUGCUGGGGAAAGGCCAGGCAGGGGCCACAGCCACCACAGAAAGCAAGGAGAAGGGAAACAGCAGCAGCAGCAACAGCAGUGGCAGUGGGGACUGCCCGGCCUUGAAAGCUCCCUCGCACACCCCUGCACACACUUCAGACACUAAAGGAGAAAGGACAGAAGGUCAGAGUGCUGACCCCGACACAAGCGAACCCUCCGCCUCCAGCGCUCCACCAAGUGCUUCUGCUGCAGCCGCGACCACGGCUGCAGCUUCCACCCACCCAGUAGCUCUUAACCCCUUAUUACUCUCCAGUAUGCUUUACCCAGGGAUGCUUCUCACUCCAGGCCUUAAUCUGCCCAUCUCCACACUAUCUCAGUCCAAUAUGUUUGACACACAGCAACAGUGUACAAGUAGUGGCCCCACCCCCCUGCCAACCCCCUCUAAAGAGGCAUCCCAGGGUACAGGGGAACAGAGGGAGGGAGAAGAGGGUGUGAGGCAGGAGGCAGGGGAGACAUCAGAAGAGCAAAAGGAGAACAGUGGUGCAGAAGGCUCAGAAAAGGUGGAAUCCUCUUCAUCUGAACCCAACAGUUCCUCUUCAUCAUCUGAGGAUUCAGACACCAGUGAUGAAGACUGAACCCUCUGUAUCCCAACACUUGCGUUGACUUUUUUUCUCUUUGUAAAUAUUAAAGUGUUGUGUAAUAAAGGAGAAAAAACUGGAUAAAAAGAAUCUGUAUCUAGGAAAACGG